CUUGUAGAGUCAACGCCCGCGCCCCUCGCCCCAGCCUAUUACCAUAACCAGAACCAACAAAACCUCAGAUCGGCCCCUGAACUUCGCGUCAUGUCCCGUAGAGAGCGAGAAGAGGCCUACCGCCGUGCUCAAGGUCGAUAUGCAGACCCGUGCGGCACGUCUGGCCAACGCUCUGGCUGGAACCCGGGAAAUGUCUACGCUGCCUACGAUGUUGAUAGGCGCGAGCGUUAUCAGCAAGAGCGUCGUCGUGAUCGUAGACAUUCUAAUGCCGACGAUCUGGCAUACAGCUUCGCAGGCUUGAACAUGGGCGACAGUCGGUCUAGUCGCAAUCGCGCUGGUCGCAACGUCCACUGGGAGGACGAACACAUGCCUGAGCCUUCCCGUCGGUCUCGCAGCUAUCGUACUGAUCGCUGGUCAGAUAUGUAUGCGCCUGAGCCUUCUCAUCGGUCUCGCAGCCAUCGCUGGGCAGAUGAAUACGCGCUUGAGCCUACCCGUAGGUCCCGCAGCCACCGUGCUGAUCGCUGGGCAGACGGGUAUGUACCCGAGACUUCUCGUCAGUCCCAUGGUCACCGCAACGACGAGUACUAUGGUGGCCGCGCACAACGAUCUGCCAGCACGUACCAAGAUAACUACGGCCAGCAGCCGCGUCGUCAGACAUUUUCGAGCACUCCACACCUCACCAGCCUUCGAUUUGGUUGGCUUAGGCACCACGAUCCUAAUGACUCCUUCCGUGAUCGCGUACGCCGCUGGUUUUAA